AUGAAGAUGGGCGAGAAGGCCCUAUUGGUCAUUCAGCCGGAAUAUGGUUAUGGAAAGUCCGGAGCAGGCGAAGCAAUACCACCAAACUCAGUUCUAAAUUUUGAAAUCGAGCUCAUAAACUUCAGAGUCAAACCAAAGAAUAAAUGGGAGAUGUCAAUUGAUGAGAAAUUGCAGGCAUCACUGGAUGUUAAAUUGGACGGAAACAACAAGUUUAGCCAAGGAAAUUAUAGAGGAGCGAUUUCAAUGUACCUAGAGGGGUUGGAGUAUCUUAGUGAAUCAAGUGAGUGGCCAGACGAAUCAAUGAAGCUGGCAAAUACCACAAAGUUACAAUGUUAUCUCAACCUUUCCAAUUGCUACUUAAAGGUUUCUGAGUUUAGAGAUGCAGAAAAAAAUGCUUCCGAGGCACUGAAACUAGACAAUCAUAACAUAAAGGCUCUUUUCAGAAGAGCACUAGCAAGGUUAAAUUAUGAUAUUUUGGACGGAGCCAUUGAAGAUCUGAACUCUUUGCUAAAACUCGACCCUAACAACUUGGAUGGGCAAAAGUACUUAAAACUUGCCAAGCAGAAACAAGCUAGUUAUAACCAAGCCGAUAAGAAGAGAUUCGGGACAAUUUUUUCCAAAAUGACCCUUUACAACGAGAAAAAAGGAGUUCGUGACUUGAAAUCACUUCCAAAAGUAUUUUUAGAAAUUUCAUUGAGGGAUAAAACAUUCAAGAUGGUUGUCGCUCUUUUUUCUGAUACUGUUCCCAAAACUGCUGAGAACUUCAGGAAACUAUGUCAACCAGACCACGAGUUCAAUUAUAAAAAUUGUAAAUUCCACAGGGUUAUUAGGGGUUUUAUGGUUCAGGGAGGUGAUUUCACUAAUGGAGACGGAACCGGCGGAAGAAGCAUUUACGGAGAGAAAUUUGACGACGAAAAUUUCAUAGAUAAGCAUACUGAGAGAGGCCUUUUGAGCAUGGCAAACUCAGGACCAAACACCAACGGCUCACAAUUUUUCGUGACGUUUGGUCCUGCGCCUCAUCUUGAUGGGAAGCACGUUGUUUUCGGGAAAGUUGUUGAGGGUCUCGAAUUCCUAGACGAGUUGGAGAAUGUCGAGACGGGACCAAGCGAUAGGCCUGUAAAUGACGUGGUUAUAGUAAAUUGUGGAUCUGUGUAG